GAUUCUUCAUAUAAGGAAAUAGGCAAAAGAGUUACCAGAAAACAUAUUAGAGAAAAGUUUCUAAAUAUAGUUUCAAAAGUGGGAAAAUGGAAAGUUGCUUGAAGUCUAAAUCAGCUCCAAAAUUGGAAAGGAAAUAUGUGGAGAAAAAUAGAAGGAAACAUAUGAAGAAUCUCUAUAAUCAACUUCAUUCCAUGAUCCCUGCUCAUGCCUCUACCUCUAAGGCAAAAAUGACGGUGCCUGAUCAAAUAGAUGCAGCAGUGAAUUACAUAGAAAGCUUGAAAAUGAAUUUGGAGAAGAGCAAGCAACACUUGAAAGAAUUAAAAUUGGGCCCAAAGAGGGCCCAAUCACUCAAUGCAACCAAUGAGCCCGGCCCAAGCACCAAGUCACCAACUCAAAUAGAAUUCCAUGAAAUGGGCCUAGACGUGGUUGUGGUUUUAAUAACUGGCCUUGAUAACAUAGCCACUUUUAAUAACAUCAUUCGAUUAUGUCAUCGUGAGGAAGGUGUUGAAGUUGUGUCUACCAGCUUUAAACUCAAUGGAGACUCAACUCUGCAGAUUUAUCGUGAAACUAUGGUAAGUAACAAAUAUACACAUAGGCAUAAUAUCUAAUUAAACUGGUAAGUAAGCAUUUUAAUUUUGAGUAUGCACAUCUAAACACCCCAGCUCAUCUCCAUUAGGUUAGUUGAACACGGCCAACUUAUAAAGUAAUAAUCUAGAUACCUCUAAAAUUUAUGUAUCACAUCAGCAUCGAGUCCACUAGAUACAAUAAAGACAAGUUGAAGUGUUUAGUUGUCAGUUUAAACCAAACUAAGGUGUCUAGAUGUGCACUCUCAAAGUUUAACUGCUUAUUGCUAGUUGAGGCCAAACUUAAGUAUUUGUUUUUAUAUUAUGCCUAUGUAAAAUAGUAUCUUAUAAGGUUGCGUGUAGUAAUGAUGGAAAUGUAUUUUUGAAAACAUUCUAAAAUUAAGUUGGCAUUUGGACAUGA